CAAAAUGAAUGAGUUCCUGCUGGCCCAAUGGAAAGUUGUGCCGAAGAUAUUUAACAAUGAUCAUGGAGGGCAUAAUAUGUAUAGCCGUAACUAUUACAAGGAGAACGAAGAUGAAGCAUGGGCCAUUUUGUUCAACAUGGACAAAAUCAACGAGAUCAAGAAACCGAACCAACAGUUUCAUCAUAUGAUAGUCUGCGAUAGCGUUUCCGCGUCGGUAUUGUACAGAACACCAAAGCCUGAGAUCGAGAAUACGGAGCUGCAUCGACAAAGAAUCAAGCAAAAACUCGAGAACAAUGAGUAUAAAUACAUCGUCGCAAUUGAUCCCGGUAUGAAAACAUACUUAGCCGGAAUUCGUCGGAAUAUUGAAGAUCGCACUGAGGAAAAUUUCAAGAUAUCUUCAGUCAUAUCAUUGGGGUGCCGGACAAAAAGUCAGAGACAAAAUGGGAAAGCGUAUGACUGCCAGAUUCACGCAACGAGAGCAAUUGGACCGUGAAAGCUAUCCAUCGAUACCAUCACCGCGAGGAAUCCGAUGGAGAAAUUACGUCAGGCAUCGAUUAACCAUGGUGAAAGAUGCAGUGGCUGCAUAUGCUCGGCGACGUUAUGCACGGCUUUCGUUUGACAAAUACAUCGGGUCACAAGGUGAGAAAGAUUGGCUGGCGAAAGUAAUAACAAAGAAUGAGCCAUCGCUUAUAAACAUCGGAGCAGUGGAUAUGGCACCCAAUUCACCAAUUGGCAUAAAAAAGGGAAAACGAUGCCCAGGUACACGGCAUCUUCAAUGCAGCGUUAAAAAACUUGGCCAUUCAGAUGUACACAAAGUGAAUGAAGAUUUCACAUCUCAACACUGUGCGAAUUGCCAGAAGAAAUUCCCGAUUCAAACACAAAAAUAUCGAUUCAAAGUGUGCCACUGUACUCGCGAUGCACCAAUACCACAAGAAAUAGAACCGUAUAUCUCACUACCACGGCUAAUUGUGACGAAGAAGAGUCGACGACGCAAAAAGAAAGAUAGCUGCGUGAAGAAAUUGAUCGCAAGAGGCAUCAUGGAUCCAGCAAAUCAACCAGCAGAAUUUCAACCAGGGCGAUUAGAGUCAAAGAAAAUGUACUUUCUGAAAAACUGGCUACUAAACCCUGUGAAUGCAAUUCAAAUGGGAGGCGACGCUGAUAAAUAUCCGGAACAACAACAACAACAGCAACAUCAAAAACGAUUUUGCACCGUUUGGCAUCGAGACAUUGUUGCGGCUAGAUGCAUUAUGUACAAAGGUCUUUGUUACAUAUUCAAUUUGGAAAUGCACAACUCGUAUGUCAGAGCACCAGCACCUCCAAGACCACCAUUGCGUAGAACACAACCAGCACGCAGAAGAGCCAAUGCAAACGUUGUUCCAGAUCAAUGA